CCUAGCUGAGUAUUGUUGCUAACCAGUUUCCAUUUUACACCUUGUGGAAUCCAAGUACUAGGUAGCUCCUACUGUAUAUGCAUUUUUCUCUCAUCGCACACAGGCUUAACCGAAAUGAUGCUGAAAACUGGGCCACAUUUUUGUGAGGAAGUAAAAUACAAAUCAGUGAAAGAGAAAUAAACUGUGGUGAGAGCGCUCUUGAGGAAUGCACAGGCCUGCCACACACUCCACCUCAGAAACAGGAAGCGGUUCUUCAGGCGUACCUGCACGUGUGAACUCAAGCCGAAAGCAUGUAAGAGCGUUAAUUCCCUCCGCCACACACCACUGUAGCCAUUUUCAUUGGAAAUUACAACAAUAAAACCCUUGUGUUGGUGUGUUUGUGUGAAAGAUAAAGAGUUUCAUUUGUGAUAAUAUUAACAUAGUGUAAGAGGAAAGCCCCUGUGAAAAGUAAACACACACACUUAUAUAUAUAUACAGGUUGGAAUGAAACAUGGCAUUAGAAUUUAGAAACACCUGCAGCCAUGUUGAAGACCAUCUAUCCGUGUAAGUAGCACAGGGCUGCAAUAGUGUUUUUUUUUUUUUUUUUACAUAGAUAUUCUGUAACAUUAAAUUUUUUACAACAACAACUACUACUUAUUAUUAUUAUUAUUAUUAGUAGUAGUAGUAGUAGUAGUAGUAUUCUAUUAUCAAAUUUAGCUUUUUGCACAAAUAUAUAUCUUUAUUUGUUUCCAUAUUUACAACUUACAAGUUAAUUAUUAAAUUAUCUAUUAAUAUAUGUAAAUAUGAGUUACUUAUUUGCUUAGUAAUAUACACAAUUUCUUUUACUUUCAUUGCUUCUUUCCUGAUUUUUAACUAUAAAUUAAUCCUUUUGUUAAAUUAUUUUGGCUUAAUUGUAUUGUUUUAUUGUCUUAAGACUAUAUGCUUUCAAUUUUAUGUAAUAAUGCUACAUAACAAUAACAGAUAGUGUGUAGCUUCUUAUGUUUAAUUUAGUUUGCUUAUGAAGUUUAAUGUAAUCACAGUUAGUAUGCAGUUUGUUUAUUUGUUUUUUACUUAUUUACUUACUUCCUUGCUUGCUUACUUACAGUCUUAAUUACCUACCUUCAUAUUUACUUACUUACUUAUUUACUUACUGACCUACUUUUCUUAUUUACUUACUUCCAUAUUUACUUAUUUUCUUACUUACUUAUUUACCUGCUUAUUAAUUUACUUACUUUUUUAUUUACUUACUUUCUUAUUUUCUUACUUACUUAUUUACCUACAUUCUUAUUUACUUACCAUAUUAUUUAUUUAACUACUUUCUUAUUUCCUUAUUUCCUUACUUACUUACUUUUUUAUUUACUUAUUUUGUUACUUGCUUUCUUAUUUACUUAUGUUGUUACUUACUUUCUUAUUUACUUACUUUUUUAUUUACUUAUUUUGUUACUUGCUUUCUUAUUUACUUAUGUUGUUACUUACUUUCUUAUUUACUUACUUAUUUAGUUACUUUCUUAUUUACUUACUUAUUUAAUUACUUGCUUUAUUUAUUUACUUACUAUCUAAUUUAAUUAUGUACCUACUUUCUUAUUUACUUAUCUGCUUUAUUAUUUAAUUGAUUUCUUAUUUACUUACUUUCUUAUUUGUUUGUUUGUUAGUUUAUUUAUUUAUUUUUGUAUUACCUACUUAUUUACUGACUGCCAUUUAGUCUUUCUGUUGAAAUCUUUUCAGGUUUGUUGCUGUCAAUGCUGUCUGCGCUGUGCUCGGCCGGGCCCGCGGGAGCACGCAGCGAGCCCGUGCACCUCUCCAGGGACGCGUGCAGGGGCCUGGGUCGCGAGCUUCUGCGGAACGUGACGGAUGCGCUCGAGAUUGUACGUAGAUGAUAUUCGAGCUGGGAAGAGGGGCGUAAAUAAAUGAGCAUGGUGAUAAAUGUAGGUGUAUUUUGUUGUUUCCGGUACAGGAUCAGCUGUUCAGAGGAUUAAACUGCACGGAGCAAAGCGCUGAGCUGACAGCCAGCACGAGGACGCUGUCCGCGUGCACGCCGCUGGUGAGCCAACUUACUGUGUCCCAAAACCACACUCUGUUCACUACACAAACGCAAUACCCAUGAUGCACUGUGUGCGGUUUCUAGUGAGUGUUACUUUCAUAAAAGUCAAAAGUUUGUCUGAAAUGACAUUUUAUUAUUCAUUAUUAAAUGGUCUUAAGCUCAAAUGUUCAUGGCUACAUCCAUACUUACAGAAGUCUGGCUUUAAUAGGAUCUUUUGGUUGUGUGGUUCAGGACAAACUUUAUUAUUUAAUAAUUUAAUAGAAUAGAAAUAGAAUGAUUUUGGAGGCAGGGUGUUGUAGCUAGUUAGCAAACCGUGUUAUAAUUUCUGGCCAGAAUGUUGGGAUUACAGUAAUUACAGCACAUUCGCUAAGAACAAAUGACUUAAUUCCUUUCUACCCUUCAUCCAACAGAACCUGAUGUGCUUGGAAGGCACCGACUUCACUUUCGAUGAGGAUGAAUGUCUGCAGAGUGUUUUGGAAGAUCUUCGAUAUUACUGGUCAACCUUUAAAUCUUACCGUGAUCCAGAUCGAAUCCUGGAACAGUCAGUGCUGAGAAGCAUAGAGAACCUCAUGCAGGACUGCUUUUCUGCCAUGCUGCUGGAUGGUGCUCAGGUUCAGGUAAAGCAGAGUACACAAAGUGAAAUUAAUAUUUAUAUUUAUUCAUAUUUACUAACAAUAUUGUUUAUUAACCACCCUACCCCAUGUUUUAUUCCUUAUAUAGUGUUUUUACAUGGAAAUAUAAGCAACAAAUAUAAACUCAUGCUUCGGUUUGCUCUGCAGAUCUCCGUGCACAACGAAAACUCCUUCGAGAGACGCCUAAAGCUCUGUAAAGUCCUGAAAGGCUUUCAGAUUCGCACCAUCACCAUCAACCGAGUGCUGAACCACAUCGUCAGCUCUUCACAGAUAUGAUCACGAUGAAGCUAUUUAUAGCAUUUACCAAGUUAUUUAUCUCACACCAACUACCCAAUAACGUUUUGUCUUAAAGACAGCAUCCAAGUAAAUCUGAUUGUUCACGGUUUUAUUUAAAAUUGUAAUGUUAUUUAAAUAUAUUUAUUUCAGCUAUUUAUUAGUGAAUUUUAUGUUUUGGUGUUCAGAACGAUGCACUGUCUCAAUUAAACGUGUUGCAGUAAAAAAUAUGAAGUGUUUAGUGUGGGUUUUUUUUGUUUUGUUUUGUUUUUGUGAAGACUUAAGACACAAUUUGUCACACCAUUAUAUUUCAUUUUAUUAAUUUUAUUUCUUUAUAA